AUGCGCUCAUUGAUUCUCGCCACAUUCGUCUUUCUCAGCACCACUUGGGCGCAAACGACACCUCGUGCAGUGGAUCCGUGCAGCAUGUGCGAGUACGUCGUUAAUCAGGCCCAACAACAUUAUCAUCGAAAUGAGGAUAAGGGAGAAGUCGAGCGGGAACUGCUAAAUGAUUGCAACACAUUGAAAAGAUUCUACGGUGAGCAAGCGGUAAAAGAUUGUGAUAGCUGGAUCCGGAAAAACAUCGAUGUCAUCUAUCGGGAUUUGCGAGACGGCAAGUCGACCUACCAAAUUUGCUACGAUAUGGGCGAGUGUGGCGUGACUGGAGGAACGAUGGGAACAACGCAACGAACUACCACAACACCUGCCAUCCAAAUGACCACCACGCCAUCCACUACCACUACGACUACAACCAGGACUACAACGACUACAACGACUACAACAAGGACUACAACGACUACUACUGUGACCACUACAACUCCACUUGAUAUGUGCUAUGUUUGCCAAUAUGUUAUUGAUCAGGCCCGCGCCUUCUUCAACAACAGGGUCACCGACGAGGUCGCUCUGAAAUCCGAACUUCUUUCCGUCUGUCAAAGCCUCUCUAGCCAAUAUGGUCAAGAUGUGGUUCAAGGCUGUAUCAAUGACAUCAAUCAAUACAUUGAUGUCAUCUUUGUCGAUCUCGUUAACAAAAAAGCCUCAAAAGACGUUUGCAUCGAUAUGAAGGAAUGCAUG